CGCGCUUCCUGUCAUACGCUCGUGACGCAGGUUUACUUUCACUUUCCAGCGAACUGUGAGAAAAACAAUACGGAGUUUGGUCGGUUGUUCAUCGUCGUUUACAGGAUCAAUCGAAGCGGGAAAUGUCCAGCACAGCCAUGAAGAAGAAGGUGCUGUUGAUGGGCAAGAGCGGCUCGGGGAAGACGAGCAUGAGGUCGAUUAUUUUCGCGAACUACAUCGCCAGAGACACCCGCCGUCUCGGAGCCACAAUAGACGUCGAGCACUCUCACGUGAGAUUCUUGGGCAAUCUGGUGCUGAACUUAUGGGACUGCGGCGGCCAGGACACGUUCAUGGAGAACUACUUCACGAGUCAGCGAGAUAACAUCUUCCGCAACGUGGAGGUGCUGAUCUACGUGUUCGACGUGGAGAGCCGAGAGCUGGAGAAAGACAUGCAUUACUACCAGUCGUGUUUGGAGGCCAUCUUGCAGAACUCACCCGAUGCCAAAAUCUUCUGUCUGGUGCACAAGAUGGAUCUGGUCCAGGAGGAUCAGAGAGAUUUGAUAUUUAAAGAGCGCGAGGAGGACCUGAGGAGACUGUCCCGUCCGCUUGCUUGCACCUGCUUCAGGACGUCCAUCUGGGAUGAGACGCUGUACAAAGCCUGGUCCAGCAUUGUUUACCAGCUGAUUCCUAACGUGCAGCAACUCGAGAGCAACCUGCGCAACUUUGCUCAGAUUAUUGAAGCGGACGAAGUCUUGCUUUUCGAGAGAGCCACGUUCCUGGUCAUCUCACAUUAUCAGUGCAAGGAGCAGCGCGACGCGCAUCGCUUCGAGAAGAUCAGCAACAUCAUCAAGCAGUUCAAGCUCAGCUGCAGUAAGUUGGCAGCCUCGUUCCAGAGCAUGGAAGUGCGCAACUCGAACUUUGCAGCCUUUAUUGAUGUGUUCACAUCCAAUACCUACGUGAUGGUGAUCAUGUCCGACCCGUCGAUACCUUCGGCCGCAACUCUUAUCAACAUUCGGAACGCAAGAAGGCAUUUUGAGAAGCUGGAGCGGGUGGACGGGCCGAAACACAGUCUGCAUAUGCGCAUGCGCUAGACACGCGGAGUGCCCUGCUUCCAGAGUUAAUUUUGUCUGAUGUUGAGUUUAAAUCGUUUUGUUUUUACAUCAGCAAAAACUGUAUGUUUGUUCUCCUUGUUGCGCAGACCAAUCGGUGUUUGACGUCAAAGUACCGCGAGAGACCGUACCGCGAUUUGAAAAUACAACUCUGUCGUCAUGCAGCGAUAGGUCUGCGCAGCGCAACAUAAUGAAGUCUUUUUGUCACGGUCGCUGAAAAAAUGAAUUGUGCCAUACGUGCAGGUUACAUACACCAGAGAGUUAAAUUAAAUAUUGUUUGCAUUUUUCCACGCCUGUCCUUUAUACGUUGUCUGAUAUCUUUAUAUGAGCAUUAUCACAGCUUGCUGCAGUUUUUGCAGGUGUUUAAAAGUUUAGCAUAAAUGUGUGACUGUAAAAUCUGCAAAAUGAUACAUGUAUUUUAAGUACUCAGCAAAAUAUAAAUUCUGCAGUGACUGUAUUUACAUGUAAUAAAAAUACAAUUGAAUUUAUGAA